AUGGAGUCGAAACCAGACGAAAGCUCAAGUUCUGACUCGACGGAUAGUGACUUUGAACUGGAGGACAAACAGGAAGAGGACUUGAAGGCUGAGGUUUCUUCUCUGAAGUCUGAGCUGCUAUUACAGUUAGCACGUCAACCGAUCCUGUAUGAGUUGCAUGUUCGAUUGAUCAAUGCGCUCCGUCGACUUGGGGAUCUCGAUGAGCUCCGAUUGGCCCAGGAGAAUAUGAACAAAAUUUAUCCGCUUUCACCAGACCUCUGGCUAAAGUGGAUAAAAGAUGAGCGGAAAAUAGCUACCACAGAUGAUGAGAAACGGCAAGUUGAACUGCUUUUCAAACGCGCCAUAGAAGAUUACGACGAUGUUUCUAUCUGGUUGGAGUACUGCCUGUUUGCUGUGGGUAAUCUCAAGCCUGGAUGCGCCGACUCAGUUCGUUCCACGGAAUCCAUAUUUAACACGGCCCUCGCACAUCAGGGUCUCAAUGUGGCUGCUGGCAGUGGCAUUUGGGAUAUGUACAGAGACUUCCAGGAGAUUCUACUGAGUCAACCUGACGAGACAUCUCACUCCACAGAAGCUCUACUCAAGCAUAUGGACAAACUCUACCGUCGGCAACUCGCCCUUCCGUUGUUGGGAAUGGAGGCCACCUUGGAGUCUUACAAAGAGUUUCUGCAGAACCUAGGAAAGUCGUUGCACCAAACGCAGGAGGGUCAGCUAUGUUCAGGUGUACCGGAUGACUGUCUCAGAGAAUAUCAGAAAGCUUUAGCACAGCUGGAAUUGCUAACCCCGUUCGAGGAUCGUGUUGAUCCAACAAUAGAACAGCCCCAGUCUGACGCUGUUGCUGCAUGGAGCUCUUAUUUGGAUUGGAUCGUCUCGUAUCCCCGCCAGAAGUCAACUGAAGGACCAAAAACCAAAAGCAAAGAAACUGCCGAAGCCUUCUCUCCUAAUCACGUGUGUUGUUUGUUGGAACGAGCUGUCACAGCAAACUGUUUGGUCCCAGAAAUUUGGUUACGGUAUAUCGAUUACUUGGAAGAAAAGCUAGCUGCAGACAAAGGUCGACUGGUGCGAGUGCUUGCUCGUUCCGUGCGCAACUGUCCCUGGGCCGUCGAUCUGUGGCUGCGCUAUGCUUUGGCUUCCGAACGCGCUGUUAGUGAUGAACUGGUCAAUGAAGGCAGCAACGGUGUCACAGAGUAUACUGACCGAUCCCUGGAGCGUACCGCAUUUUCAAAGGUUGAGGCUGUAUUUGAGGCAGCCUUGUCUGUCGGCCUAGACCAACAGCCUGAUGUGAUGCGCAUCUGGUUAGCCUACUGUGACUACAGGCUUCGUCGAUUAUUGCGAGUGCAGCCAUCUACAGAUGAAUAUGACUCUUUGUUAUCAGAUCUGCGGUUGACGUUCGACAGAGCCGAGUCAUCCCUUCGAAAGCAUUUUCGUCACCAAGCGGACCCAGACGGUAUUCUAGUUCAGUACCAGUCAUUUGUCGAGGCCAAAUAUGCUAAGAACACUAGCGCUGCGCGUGCGCUUUGGUCCCAAUUCAUGCAACAACCUGGACAUGGUGCUCAGGGACAGUUUUGGCUCGCCUACUUACGAUUCGAACGUGACUGGGGUGAUGCAAAACACUUUUAUCGUAUUUCCCGUAUGGCUAUCAACUCAAUCAACCCGGAUCCUGAAGACAACGUAUUCUCACAUAUACUGCGCUUUAGUUGCGAGGCUGGUCUACCAAUUGCACAAUACCUUGAACUGGAGGCGCGUGUGCGAUCACGUACUGGAGACCUAGGACUUAAUAUUCAUCCAACCGCAAGCGUUCGUACCAAGAAAACACACAUCUCUGAACCGACUGUCAGCAAAAAUACUUCUACCAGGAAACGACCUCCAGCGACGGAUUCCGGCCCGAAAGCGGCAAAGAAACCGAAAUCCUCGACUAAAGAAGCCGAAAUCGCUGAGCCACCAUUCAGAAAACAGAUAGCCGUUGGUUCUCCUAAGCCCCAUGGUGAACAUGUUGUUCAUGAUCCCUCUCGAGACGACCGUACUGUAUUUGUAAGCAACUUGGAUUAUUCCACCACGGAAGACGAUCUGCGUCGUACUUUCGAAGAGUGUGGCAAACUGUCAUCCGUACGGCUGGUUCGUGAUUAUGCUGGCCGUUCCAAAGGUUACGCAUACGUGGAAUUCGAACAGGCCAGCACUGCAGAUUUUGCUCUGAAAAAGGACCGGCAACCUAUCGGGCAUCCUGCUACCUCCGAAGCUACAUCGAGCACGGACGAUACCGUGACCAUCGCCAGACCUAUGUUUGUCUCACGCUGCGACCCAACUCGCUCGAAAUCAUCGGGCUUUCAGUAUUCGGCGGGUAAGCCGGAACCGGAGAAGCUAUUCGUGCGAAAUCUCGACAAACGCGUAACGGCCCAUGCGCUUGAACAAUUAUUCGGCGAGCACGGUACUGUGGUCAGCGUCCGAAUUGCAACCUAUCGUAAUGGCGCACCUAAAGGGCACGCCUAUGUGGAAUUUGCAAAUGCGGACCAAGCCAGUCGUGCCCUGGUUGCUACCGACGGUCUUUUGGUCGGUUCGAAGAAUAUUGCCGUUGCCAUUAGCAACCCCCCUGUACGUAAUCCCACGGGUCCCGCUACCACAAAACAAUCAAACCAACCGACUAAACCGAAAGCUCCCUCGGAACACAUUCCACAUGAACAGAAACCACGCUCGCAUGGCCGGACGCAGCUUGCGUUUCUUCCACGGGCGCUUAACCGAGGUACAACUUCAAGUUCUGGAAAUUCGGAUGCCGUGGAAUCAGCCCCUGCGUCUGGUGACGCUAUGAAGAGUAACCAGGACUUCCGCAAAAUGUUUCUGUCUUGAUGCUGCCAUACUUCACCUCCGCUCUAUCCCCCCUUUUAAACUGAAACUGCAUUUCCAACACAACCUGAUGGUGUCCCUACUGUCUGUCUCCAAAAACGGCAAAUGUAUUUUUC